CAUACCCACUGCCUCUGCUUUAAUUCAGCAGACACACGUUCACCACUGCUGACAUCGUCCUGCCGCUGCUGCCGCUUCUGGUCCAUCCCCGUCCCCUCCUCCUCACUCGGCCCCCCUCCCCUUUCCUCCUCCUCCUCCUCCUCCUCCUCCUCCUCCUCCUCCUCCUCCUCCUCCCGCUCUUCACCGUCCCGUCGCCAGGAUGGACAAGUCGCCCUGCAGUCCGCAUCCCGCGGCCAACGCGACCCACUCUUCCCCGUCGGACCGCGGGGGUUCGUCGUCGGCGAGGAAGCCCGGCGGGAGGAGCGGGUCGCACAGCCCCGGCUCCAGCUCUCUGGGCGGCCCGGCCAGAGGAGGAGGAGGAGGAGGCGGCGGCAGCAGCAGCAGCCGGGGAGCUGCGCUGGGGAACAGCAUGAAUUUGCAGCAGCCGCGCAAGAAGCAGCUGGAAGGAGUGCUGAGCAAAUACACCAACCUGAUCCAGGGCUGGCAGAACAGGUACUUUGUGUUGGAUCCAGAGCUGGGACAGCUGCAGUACUUUGUCAACGAUCAGGGGAAGAGCCAGAAGCCCCGCGGGUCCCUGCCCCUGAUCGGUGCCUCCGUAACCCCGAGCGACGAGGCUCCGCACAUGUUCGUUGUAAACUCUGUCAACGGAGAGCUCUACAAACUCCGAGCCUCCGACGCCAAGGAGCAGCAGUUUUGGAUCAGUCAGCUCCAAGCGUGCGCCAGACGUCACUCUGACAGCAGUGCCAAGGUGAGGAAGCUGAAGGGCUCCGAUGAACACUUGAGUGUGGAAAGAGCAGGAGGAGGCCACGAGGUGCUGGGCUCCUCAUCCUCUGGUCGGACCCGUAGCUUCUCCCUCCUCCCCCACCUAACCCCAUCUUCAUCCCCGGGUUCCCAGAGGCACCUGAGCCACGUGGCCUCACCCAGCAACAUCGUCACCAUCACGCACCACAAAUCUCCGGCUGCAGCUCGGCGGGCCAAGAAUCUGUUCCCGGGACGGCUGCUGGAGGUCAAAGAGGUGAUGUCCCAAGCAGAGGGCCAGCAGAAGAACCUGGUCCAGUCCAUCGACUCUCUGCCCACCAGGGGCCCCCUCUCCUGCCUGGACCAGGACCUGCUGCUGCUCAAAGCCACGUCGGCCGCCACGCUCGGCUGCCUGGGAGAGUGCCUGAACAUCCUCCAACAGACCCAGAGCCACAGCCAGGGACCGCCUCCGUCCCACGUCUCCCAGUGCGACUACGCCGACCAUGGAGCCCCCUCCGAUGGUGUUCCUGUGUGGACUGUACCAAAGUCGCCGUCAGGGGAGCAGUUGAAGAACGGAGGUCUGACUCCGCUACGCUCAGCCGAGCCCUCGCCGGCCUUCAGGAGGAGGAGCCUGUCCCCUGGUGCUGAGCACCAGCGCGGGCUGGAGGACAUCAACCCCACUGAGGAGGUGACGGACACGGAGGAUAACGAAGAGGAGGACCUGGGGGUCCUGGACGACCAGCGGAGCAUCAUCCUCCACCUGCUCUCCCAGCUCAAACUGGGCAUGGACCUCACGCGGGUGGUGCUGCCUACCUUCAUCUUGGAAAAGCGAUCCCUGCUGGAGAUGUACGCCAACUUCAUGGCCCACCCCGACGUGUUCCUGUCCAUCACAGCGGGGGCCACGGCCGAGGACCGCAUCGUCCGUUUCGUGGAGUACUACCUGACCGCCUUCCACGAGGGGCGGAAGGGGGCCGUGGCCAAGAAGCCCUACAACCCCGUGCUGGGCGAGACCUUCCGCUGCUCCUGGGAAGUUCCUCGGGACAAAGUCAAACCUCCGGUCAGAUCCAACCAGGGGUCCUCUUGGGAGCCGAGCAGGGGCCCCAACGCGGCGCAGCAGGCCGCCGCCGCCGAGUCGCCGGGAGAGUGCUACAGGGUGCGGUUCGUGGCCGAGCAGGUGUCCCACCACCCGCCGGUGUCCGGGUUCUACUGCGAGUGCCGGGAGAAGAGCAUAUGCGUCAACGCCCACGUGUGGACCAAGAGCAAGUUCAUGGGGAUGUCCAUCGGCGUGUCCAUGGUGGGAGAAGGGGUACUCAGCCUCCUGGAGCACGACGAGGAGUACGUCUUCACGCUGCCCUGCGCCUACGCCCGCUCCAUCCUCACUGUGCCCUGGGUGGAGCUGGGGGGCAAAGUCUCCAUCAACUGUGUCAAGAGCGGCUACUCCGCCAGCGUCACCUUCCACACCAAGCCGUUCUACGGAGGGAAGGUGCACAGAGUGACGGCAGAGGUCAAACACAACCCCACCAGCACCGUCGUGUGCAAGGCGCAGGGCGAGUGGAACGGCACGCUGGAGUUCACCUACAGCAGCGGCGACACCAAGGUGAUCGACACGGCCAAGCUGCCGGUCACCAGGAAGAAGCUGCGGCCCGUGGAGAAACAGGGCCGGACGGAGUCCAGGCGGUUAUGGCAACACGUCACCAAGUCGCUGAAGGAAGGCAACAUCGACGACGCCACGGAGCACAAACACCGACUGGAGGAGCGCCAGAGAGGCGAGGAGAGGCAGCGGGCGGCGGACGGCGAGCCCUGGACGCCCAAAUACUUCACUAAAGAGGGCGACAGUUGGAUCUACAACAGCCCGCUGUGGAAGUCCACCUGACGGCAGAGCGCCGCUCUCUUCUGAUGGACGAUAACGGAGAGCGAUCCCUCCUCUCCUCACCGAGGUCAGAGGUCAGGCAAAAAGGAGCCGAGUCCUCCGGAGACCUCCGGGCCGAAGCUCCAGACUCACAAGAGACGCUCACGGUGCCAAAGCGACCUCCGCCCUCAGGACCAAGGUGGUGGUGGCAGCUCUGGGGACAGAAGUACAUUUUUAUAUAAAGUGAAGAGUAUUUCUAUUUUUCACCUUGCCAAGGCCUUUUUUGCACACGCACUGUAACGAAGUUCGCCACCGGUGUUUUACUUUGAGUUUGUUUCCUUUCAUAUAAUCGAUAAGUUUCCUCAGACAUCGUCAACAUUUGGUUCCAAGCUUUUAGUUUGUAAAGCGGCGUUAGAAUGUGUGAACAUGACUGUAGCCAGAAGUGGUUUAUAAAGCACUUUUACCAUAGAAAUAACUUACAUCAUUUGUAUUUAAGGCUCUUGCCAAUCAGUGUGGUUUCUAUCAGAGCUUUACAGGAAGUAAGAACACUACAAAUAUUUAAAAUGACGUCAAGCGUUAGAAUGCGUUCCUAUAUUAUUAUUCAGUACGUUACAAUGAUUUACUAGAACUUAAAGGUCCUGAUUGUUUUGUCUGCAUUAUGAAUGUAUCUGGGCACAUUGUAAUGGUAUUCUUUUCCCUCUUGUGCUUUUAUUUAGCCACGUGGCUCCGUCUAAAGCAUUACACGUCACACUCCUUCCAUUACUACCUCUUAUUCAGCUCCUCGAGCCGUUUUGUCCCACAAAAGAAAACUCUGGUUUUUUUGUUGCACAACGCUCAGAGGUCCUCAUCUUUUUGUAAUUUUUAUCCGUGCCUCCAAGAUGGCACUCGUGCAAUUCAGGCAGCGCGUGCCUCCCGUAGUGAUGAAUGUGGACGAGGCGGGAACACGAUCCCGCUCUCCCAUCUGGAGUUCGCCGGAGGUGAAGUGGGAGUGAAGGUGAGCGGCUGUAAUCUAGCAGAAUAAACACCGUCGCUGGCCGGAGAGAAGAGGCGAUGCAUUUGGGUCGUACGACUGUGGCGCUGCAGUGUUCAUGCUCGACAAACCACGGGCUCAACCUCAAAGCUGAAGAGCCUUUCUAAUCACUUGUUCUUCUAACAUUUAUGCCUUUUAUCCCCCCCCCCCCAUAAAUAUGUCACUGCUUUGCGUUUCGUUGUUACAUUUUCAACAGUAUUAGUAUUCAAAAGCCAGGUGAAUUUACCAGAUGCCUAUUUGUAGCGUGUGUCAUGACGGUGGAGAACGAACCCGCAACCGUUUAGAAAUAAUGUUCGAUGACCGACAGGAAACUAACGUCUUUUUUUAAAUGACGUAGCCAAAAGAAUCCCUCCUCCCUGAGGUGGAGUGACUGAGGAUGACGGAGGGAGUGGCCGUGAAUAAAGACCUUCUAUCUUUUGCUAAUCAAA